GUGUCUGACAGGACGCCAUUCGCUCGCAGCGCAAAAACAGUCGGAGUGAAAGUUGGUUCGAUUGAUUUUUCUCGCGCAUUUCUCCCAGGUUUUUCGUGCUCAAUUGUCGUGAAAGUUCCUGCAAAAGGUGCAAGAUGACAUCAACAAACGUGACUGUUGGCUUUGGAGAUCGUUCUUCGUCGCGCAUUCUCAAGCCACCAGGUGGUCAGUCGGUGUUGGCUUUUGGCUCAGGUGAAGAAGUGCGCCCCAAUCCACCGCGCCCCAAGUAUGAUCAGCAGAAUUCAUCGAAUUUGUUUGGGUGCAUGGGAGCCCCGGAUCCCACGGUGAGAAAUGACAAACCCGUGGAGCCUUCAGCACAGCCUGAGGCUCCAGUGGAGGCCUCUCAGGAGGCACCUGAGAGGCCCCCAGAGACGGCAGCUAUGGAGAAUACGGCAGCAAGAGCAGCUCCAGCACCAGCUCAGGCUGCCCAGCAGUCAUCGAGGGGACGAGUGCCACCAGGAGGCUAUUCCGCAGGAUUCUGGUAACCCUUCCCUUUCAAAAAAUCACCCCUCUCCUGAUCCAAUUGGGAGGAAUGAGUGUGAGAGACCAAAAAAAAAAUUAUAAUAAUCGCACCAAAAAGAGCGUUCCCGUGUGACUCUGGGCCUUUCAUUUUGCCAUGGGAACCUCUGUCUUUGUGAACCAAACUCUCCUAACUGUUUGCUUCCCUCCUGAGAUUGUGAGCUCUGUAUUUUGUAAUUGUAUAGCAAUUGUUACAAUUCUUUUUUUUAAUAAUUUUCACUUCCAUGACCGUGAGACGUGUGUUUGAUAAGCACAAAAAUAUUUAAUCAAUUUUCGUUGCAUUUCUUUUCUGCCAUCACAGCGAAAAAAAAGGCGUUGUUAACGUAUCUUCGUAACGAAGAGAUAAUUUUUUAUAUUGACUCUCCCUCCGCCUCUUUUUAAUCAUACUUCAUCAAAUGAAACAACAUACAAGUCUUUUAAUAAAUUGUUUCGCGUAUUUAUAGUAACCAAAUAAAAUUGUAAUGAUUCAAUAAAAUUGAUUGGAAAUA